GUGCCUGGAGGAGGCAUGUCCUGCCUGGAGGCACUGAUCAUCCUGAUCAUGUACUGCCCCACAUGUGGCCAGUCGAUGAGGGGAAGCACAAGCUGGGGAAUGCUGCUGAGGCAGAUGAUAACUCUCACAUCAGAAGCCUGGAGAUGGUGUUUUGGCAGCCUGGGAAAGAGUGACACUGAUGCUACCACCCUGGAUAUCAGAACUCCUUCCCUGGAGAAAAUGAGGUUGACAUACAGGCUCCAGGGGCAAGGGAGAGGAGGUGGCAACUGCCAGAGCUGCUCUGAGGUGGAGUGGGUGCUGUGCCCCUACGACGUCCAUCACCGCGUGCCCCGCGCGUCGCUGGAGAGGCACGCGGCGUCCUGCCGGCUGCGCAGGAUGGGAUACUCCGCCGAGGAGGAGGCCGAGAUGUACGACUCCAGCUUUUUCUACGAAAACCUGAAGGUUCCCACCAUCGCCAUGGAUAAAGAUCUACAGUUUCACAUUGUUAAGCAGGCUAGAGCCCAAAGUGCAAAGCAAGGUGCAGGCUACAGUGAAGGUUCUUACUCAUUACUGCCCAUAGAAGUUCCUCAAAACCACAAGCGUUCCACCUGUGACCUGAGCCAGGCUGACCGCCUUGCUCUUUACGAUUACGUUGUUGAGGAGACAAAGAAACAGAAAUCCAGAUCCCAGAUAACGGAAAAUGACAGUGAUCUCUUUGUGGAUUUAGCAGCGAAAAUCACCCAAGAUGAUAGCCAGAAAGGUCCGAAGUCCCACCUUGAAAUUCUGGCUGAAAUGCGAGAUUACAAAAGGCGGCGGCAAUCAUACAGAGCUAAGAAUGUUCAUAUAACAAAGAAGUCCUACACUGAGGUGAUUCGGGAUGUGAUUGGUGUGCAUAUGGAAGAACUCAGCAAUCAGUGGCAGGAGGAGAACAGGUUGGAUAAUGCAGAGAUAUGUGAAGGAGGGAAGUCGAAAUCUUCAGGAAGUUUAUUUUCAGAAGGGAAGACAGGCGGUCAGCGUCAGUGGACUCUCGGCAGUCUGGGGGAAGCAGUAAGGAUACGGAGUGCACGAGACACAGGAGAGACACCAGCAGGAGUCCAAGUAAACGAAGGAGGAGUCGGGAGAGAGGCAAAGACAGAGACUCUCGGAGAAAAAGAGAGAGGGAUGAAGACAAGUAUUACAAUCACAAAAGAAGAAAGUAGGAACAAGAACCUGAUGAUUUUGUUUGUCAGCUGUUCAAAACAUAACUUCCACAAGAACUAUUGUUACUGCUGUUUUGCCCAAGACAGUAAAGGUGUGCAUAUAAUAUUGGUGUUGAGUCACACCUGUGCUGCUUGGAGAUGAAAAAGUGCUACAAUUUGUCAGGAUGGAAGUAGUAUAUUUCAAAUAAUGUGUAAAUCUGUAACAUUUAUACAUCUGUUAAUAAAUUAUAUUGAUCUCUCA